GACAGGGCCUACCUGCUCUCACAGCUCUCCGUUCUCUGUGUGCCGCUGCUGCUGCUGCUGCUGUUCGGUUAUAAGGCCGCGGCCCAGCGUCAUGUCGAAUCAGUCAGCCCCUGGCCCUUUGUCGGACGUGUGUUACGUGUUGCACUGAGCCCUGUUGCUCUUCCUCCGCCCGCCCCCCGCUGGGACAUUGUCAGUGAGAGAGAAAGAGAUGAACAGAAAGCGGACGAGCCUACUGCACUGGCUGCAGCAGCUGCUGAGGACGCUUCUGGUGCGCCUUCUGUGCCAGUUCAAAUCGAAGGCCGGUCUCACGAAGGCGACAGCAGGCAGCAACAGGUGCAGGCCCAAAGGGGGUGAAAUCGUGCCCAUACCCCGCGUCAAGGGGCUGCCUGUGGUGGGGACCCUGCUGGAUUUGAUAGCCGCCGGCGGAGCCACACAACUACACAAGUACAUCGAUUCCCGCCAUCGACAGUACGGCCCCAUCUUCAGGGAACGCUUGGGCGGUACUCAGGAUGCGGUGUUCGUGUCGUCCGCCCCUCUUAUGCGUGGGGUCUUCCUGCACGAGGGUCAAUAUCCGCAGCAUCCGCUGCCAGAUGCCUGGACGCUGUACAACCAGCGGCAUGCCUGCCAACGUGGACUGUUCUUUAUGGAGGGGGCGGAGUGGCUGCACAAUCGGCGUAUACUUAAUCGCCUGCUCCUCAACGGAAAUUUGAAUUGGAUGGACGUGCAUAUUGAGAGCUGUACGCGGCAGCUGGUCGACCAGUGGCGCGCACGCACCGAGGAGGCGACUGCAGAUUGCGACGUCCCAGGGAGUCCCAGCUACUAUGAGCUGCCGGAUCUGGAGCAGCAGCUCUACCGUUGGUCCAUAGAAGUGCUCUGCUGCAUCAUGUUUGGCAGCAAUGUCAUGACCUGCCCCAAAAUACAAUCGGCUUUGGACCACUUCACGCAGAUCGUGCACAAGGUCUUCGAGCAUAGCUCGCGCCUGAUGACCUUUCCGCCCAGAUUGGCACAGCUGCUUCGCCUCCGCAUUUGGCGCGACUUUGAGAGCAAUGUGAACGAGGUGUUGCGCGAGGGCGCUGCGAUCAUAGACCACUGCAUUGGAGGGGAGAUCACCGAAGACGGACAGCUGGAGCAGCGGGAGGAGACGCUAUUCAACCGACUGCAGGCGGCAGAGGUGCCCGGCGAGAUGAUCAAGCGGAUUUUUGUGGACCUUGUCAUAGCAGCAGGUGACACGACCGCCUUCAGCAGCCAGUGGGCGUUAUUCGUUCUUUCGCGGGAGCCACAGCUGCAGAGCCGCCUUGCCAGGGAGCGAGUGGCGUCCGAGUCGCAGCUGCUUCACGGCUUGAUCAAGGAGUCCCUGCGUCUAUAUCCCGUUGCGCCAUUCAUCGGACGCUACCUGCCGCAGGAUGCUCAUCUCGGUGACCACUUUGUUGAAAAAGAUACCCUGGUACUCCUUUCACUAUACACGGCCGGUCGCGAUGCAUCACACUUUGAGCAGCCGGAGCGGGUCCUGCCCGAGCGCUGGUGUGUGGGCCGAUCGCACGGCAGUCUACCCUUCGCCAUCGGCCAGCGGUCAUGCAUUGGGCGGCGUGUGGCUCUCAAGCAGCUGCACUCGCUGCUGGGCAAAUGUACCACCCAGUUCGAGAUGCAGUGCCUCAACGAGCAGCCCGUCGACUGUAUGCUGCGAAUGGUCACAGUGCCCGACCAGACGCUGCGCCUGGCCCUUCGGCCGCGUUCUUCCGAGUGAUACGAUACACACAGCAAUACACAGACGC